AUGGCGGAGGCAGAGACAACACUCUAUGCCAAGAUCUUGAACAAGUACAAAACCAGAAGUAUCCAGUCCCAGUCGUUACUGGAACCACUUUUGGCGACUGGAGUCCCUGCACAUACAGCGCUAAAGGCUUUGGCAGCUACAGGACAAAAGACAGUAGAAGAGGCAGCGAAAUGGUUGCAUUCCCAUUGCAAUGAUCCUUCUUUGGAUGAUCCAAUUCCUCAGGAAUAUGCCCUGUAUUUGUGCCCAACUGGGCUUUUGAAUGACAAACUAAUUGAAUUCUGGAAAGAAACCAAACGACAAUGUGGAAAAAACAAAGCCCAGGAAAUUUUCCCACACAUUACCCUUUCUGAAUUCUUUACAUGUGAAGACCAAAAGGUUGACGGCUUGUAUGAAGCUUUAAGGAGAGCUGGUGACAGAUUUUCAAUCUGUUUUCCAUCAGUCAUAUCGCUAUCCCUACAUGCAUCCAGCAGCUACAUUGGCUUUUUUGUUAGUGAUGGGCCAGCAAAUAUAAUCAAAGCAUUUGCUGCAGCAUUUGCCUCAGAGGCAACAACCUUAGCAGAUUGCCAAGUGAAACCUUCAACGAAGCAGCUCCAUCUUACAUUGGCCAACAAAUUUUAUCCUCAUCAUCAAAAGACUUUGGAAGAGCUGGCCAAAUCAAUCAAUCCUAAACAAUGUUGCCACUGGAUAGCGACCCUGUAUUCUAGAGACAUGCGUUUUGUACAUUAUCAGGUUUUGAGGGCACUGUUCCAGUAUAAACCUCAGAAUAUUGACGAGCUGAUGCUAAAUGCUGGGGAUUUUAUAUAUGUUGACCGAACACAACAGAGUGAAGUUUGCGAUGGCUGGGUGAUUGGCAUCUCCCACCGAACUGGGUGUAGGGGAUUUCUUCCUGAAAAUUACACAGAGAAAGCCAAUGAGUCUGAUACCUGGGUCAAGCACAGAGAAUAUGUGUUCAUUCCAUCAUCGGGACAAGUUCCCAAGAUUCAGACUGAGCCUUACACUAAAUCGAAAGAGCAGAGUCUAAUGCCGAGAAAUGUGGUCAAAAUGCUUACUCUCCAGCUUUCUACAAAAACUGACAACCAAAGAGGAUUAUUGGUUAUGCGCCAUGGAGAAAGGGUUGAUCAGGUGUUUGGGAAGUCUUGGCUACAGCAGUGUUUUAGUUCAGAUGGCAAGUAUUAUCGACCAGACCUCAACUUCCCUGCUAUUCUACCAAACCGCAAGGAUAGCAUUGAAAACUUUGAAUGUGAUCCUCCUUUAACAUACUGUGGUAUAUUCCAGUCUAGACUCAUAGGGGAAGCCCUACUGGAGAAGGAGCUGAACAUUAGCUGUGUAUACUCUUCCCCAGCGCUAUGCUGCAUCCAAACUGCACAUCAUGUGUUAGAAGGUCUUCAGCUAGAACAGAAAGCUAAGAUUCGUAUAGAACCUGGUCUCUUUGAAUGGACUAAAUGGGAAACAAACACAAUUGUUCCCUCUUUCAUGACACGGAAGGAACUGGCAGAGGCCAAUUACAGUGUAGAUACCACAUACAAAUGUAAUUUUCCUCUUUCUUCUCUGAUGCCAUCUGAAGGCUACGAGGAAUAUGUUAACAGAUGCUCAACAAACAUAAAACAGAUUGUUGGCUCCUGUACAUCUGAAGGCAUCAUCUUGAUUGUGGGCCAUGGCUCAUCCUUGGAUUCCUUCACUCAACCAUUAUUGGGUCUCCCUGCCAGGGGAAGUGGUGACUUUGCCCAGCUUGUUCGAAAGAUACCAUCACUGGGCAUGUGUUUCUGUGAAGAAUUUAAAGCGGAGAAACGAUGGCAAAUGGUUAGCCCUCCAGUGAAUACGCUAACUCAUGGAUCAAAUGAUGCCUUUAACUGGAGAAUUAUCCUUCAGGACAACUGA